AUGGAAGUAGCCAACAACAUCACUGAGUUUUUAUUCCUAGGGCUGUCCCAGGAUCCCAAGUUGCAGCUGAUGUUCUUCUUCCUGUUCCUCCUCUUCUAUACUGUGAUUAUAGUGGGGAACCUACUGAUCCUAUUCACAGUAUGCUUUGAGUCUAAGCUCCAUAGUCCCAUGUAUUUUUUCUUAAGUAACCUCUCCUUUGUGGACAUUGCCUACUCCUCAGCCACAGCCCCUAAGAUGAUUGCAGACUUCAUCUCAGAGGACAAGACCAUCUCAUAUUGGGGCUGUGUUACACAAAUGUUUACUUUCCACUUCUUUGGAUGUGCUGAGAUUUUUGUUCUGACAGUAAUGGCAUUUGACCGCUAUGCUGCCAUCUGCCAGCCGCUACGCUAUAGCACCAUCAUGAGUGCCAACACUUGUGCUAUGCUAGCCUUCUUGUCUUGGGCAGGUGCCCUGGGACACUCAUUUGUGCAGACCCUUCUGACUUUCCAGCUUCCCUACUGUAGUGCUCGAGUCAUUGACCAUUAUUUCUGCGAUGUUCAUCCUGUCCUCAAACUUGCCUGUGCAGAUACUUCCUUAGUGAACCUGUUAGUAGUCGCCAAUAGUGGUCUCAUCUCCUUGGGUUGCUUCCUCAUUUUACUAGCCUCUUAUAUAGUUAUCCUACUGAGCCUCCGGAAGCGCUCUUCAGAGAGCCGUAAAAAGGCUCUCUCCACCUGUGGCUCUCACUUGACAGUGGUGACCUUCUUUUUUGUCCCAUGUAUCUUUAUCUACCUUCGUCCAUCUACUACCUUCCCACUAGACAAGGCAGUCUCUGUGUUCUAUACCACUAUCACUCCAAUGCUAAAUCCCCUCAUCUACACUCUGAGGAAUGAGGAUGUAAAGAAUGCUGUGAAACACUUUUGGAGGCAUAGGGUUUUGGGGGAAGAAAAGAAAGGUUGA